AUGCACCAUUUAAAAAGGUUGGCACAUGUCGAUCAGUAUGCGAGAUGCACGGCCAACAAGAGAGUGUCAAACCGAGACCAGCCUGUACCAAAUGAGGAGUUAAGGUGGCAGACUGAGGUCAACGUAACGGGACCAUUUGCUGACAAGUUGAAACGUACAUCACAUUCACGCACCCUGUUUACAGGGACGCAAACAGCGACGGAUAAAUGCUGCACGUGGCAGGGCACACGUGGCGAGCUAUUUGAAACAAAACAGGCAAGUACUUGGCAACAUGAUGGAAACGCGCGACGGCUGGAAAAACGGAUCGUUCGAAUCGAAGCAAUGGGUGGUUGUCUGCAACAAAUCGUGCUGAUAUGGUCUGUCGAAAAGUGUCCGCGAACGGAGACCCAUAAGUGCAACUCCAGUUUCGAUACCAGCAGCCGUUCAAACCCGGGAGACCAUCAUCGAUCCCUUACAGGAUAA